UCCGCUCCAGGUUCAGCUGAUAUUCAGAGUUCUCACACUGCUGGUCUCCACAUCACUCUGUAGCAGGAGGACUCAGGACUCAGAGGAGAUGAUGCUCCUGAUCAUCAUGAUGUAAACUCUUCUCCCAAUUGUGUGGAGACAUGCCUUCAGAGACUCUGCCAUUAUUUGUGUUGUUGUUGUCACUGGUUCAUCUCAAAAAGUCUGCUGAGACUCUGUUUAAUCUGAGGUGCCAGCCUGCAGUAGGAGUCAUCGGUCAGAUCACUAACAUCUCCUGCAGCUAUGAGAACCAAACUGGGCCUGUUGUUAUUAACACAGUGUCUUUAACCAGGUUUAAUGAGACUAAAUGCUGUUUCACAUUUCAUCCGUAUGAGAACAGAGUGACUGGAGACUCUCGAUUUAAAGUUGAAAGCUUGCCAUCGUUACAGCUUCAUAACACAGCGAUCUCAGAUGAAGGUGGAUAUAAAUAUUACAUCAGGACCAACCUGGGGAAUGUUAAUGUACAAUUCACAAUUAAUGUCACAGCCAAGUACAGCUCCCCGGUCAUAACCUCAGAGCCGACAGAGAUAGAGAGCGGUGGAGCUGCUGAUCUGUACUGUAAUGCUAGCGGUGGAUACCCAGCAGGAACCAUCCACUGGUUUGAUCAGAGCAAAACAAACUGGACACAAAACUCUGAACUGCAGAUCACACAGGGACACGACGGUCUCUUCACUCUGUCCAGUAAACUGACCUUCAAGAGCAUCGACUCGACCUGGGGACCUUUCAAGUGCGUCGUCCUCAACUACAGAUAUGAAGAAGAAGGAGAGAGCGCAUCAACUCUAAAGAUAAAUGCUGUUGAGACAUCGAUGAAAAGUGUUGGUGUGUUAGUUAGCGUGUGUUUCGUCAUGGGAUUCCUGCUUUUUGUCUGGUUUAUGCGGAGAUGCAUUCGGCGUAAGUAAUAAAUUUCUUUUUUUUUCUUUUUUUAAGUAUGUGUACACAUCUUUAAUAGUUGAUAGCCCCAAGAAUGUGAAGCAUAUCAGGACAGAUCCAUGCAAGGUCAAAAUUAUACACACUCGAAUUAACUCGGACUUUAUGUUACUAUAAAUAAUUUCAAAUGC